UGAAUUGGGAGAAUGGAGAUGAAUGAUAUUUGAUAGCAUAAGAAUAUGCUUGUAAUAGGAUAAUAAUUGUUAAGUAAAACAUUAGUACUUAGUAAGCUUUUAGGCCCAUUUAAUUUAUUUUUUAAAAAAAUUUUAUAGUUCAAUUGGCCCAUCUUAAUAUGUUGUUAAACUUACCACUGGGUACCUAGUACCCAGCGAUUCCGGGUCUGGGUCCAAAAUUUUAGGACCCAGUUGGACCGGUUCCAAUUCCAGAUUUUUAAUACCUAUGGGGUCCGGGUCUGGAUCCAGGUUUAUGAAAUUCUACCGGGUACCCGAUUGUGGUCCCUCGACACAAUAACCUCUUGAAUUCCCUUGUACUAUUAUCCUAAAUUACUUUUUUUUUUUUUUUUUGCAUGAAUAGAGAUAAACUAUUAUUCUAUUAUUUGUAUAAUUCUCUACCAAUUCCUAUAUACAAUAUACUGUUAUCCUAAAUUCUCUACCAAUUCGGAAUCGAUUAUUAAAGAAACUACUCUAGAAUUCUCUAUCAAUUGAUGAGAAAACAUUUGUAUAAUUCCUAUCUUGGUUAGGAAUCCAAAUUCCAAACUAUAUCGGAAUUGGUAGAGAAUAUAUUAAGGACAAUAUAUUCUCCAUCAGUUAUCAAUACCCUUUAGAUUUCUUAUAUAUGCUAUGCUAGAUCAUUCUCAAAGAUGGAAGGAAAGGCAAUGUCGAAGAGAGUAAAAGCUAAAGGUUUGCUAAAGCUGAAAUUCUACUGUGAAUUAUGCUCGAAGCAAUGUAGAGAUGAGAAUGGUUUCAAGUGUCAUACUACGAGCGACAGUCAUCUGCGUCAGAUGCAAUUAUUUGGCGAAAAUCCUGACAAAUUCAUCGAAGAGUAUUCCCAGAAAUUCGAGGAUUCUUUUCUUGGGCACUUGAAGCAGAGUCAUGGAUUUAGCCGUGUUGCAGCGACGGUAGUUUACAACGAGUAUAUCUCUGAUCCAUAUCAUGUUCAUAUGAACGCUACUAAGUGGCUUUCUUUGACAGAAUUUGUUGUGUAUUUGGGUGAGACAGGAAAGUGUAAGGUUGACAAAACUCACUCAUGUGGAGGAUCAGGGUGGUUUAUCACUUAUCAUAAUGAUAAGAGUAAGAGAUUCAAGUCCAAACUGAUGGAGGAACAUAAGCAUGACAAGGAAAUUGCGAAACAAAUUAAUCGCGCAACUUCUGUUGCUGUUCCUAUCCCUAUGGAGAUUGAGAUUGAGAAGAGUGUUGAUUGUGAAUUACCAGACAAGCACAAGAAGAUUGCAUUCCGGUUUGGGUUGGCGCCGCCACGGAGAAAAGAAACGAAUAAGAUGAAGGGGAAGGAAGACUCUGAGGAGGUGAAAGAUACAAAGAACAACAGGAAAGCAUACUGGUUGUGUGAGGGAAUUGUUGUGAAGGUAAUAAGCAAAGUAUGGGAAGAAAAGGGAUUGUAUAACAAGAAAGGGGUUGUAAAGAAGGUGUUAGAUAACUACAUUGGUGAAAUUCAGAUGCUAGAUACAGAUACACACAAUGAUCAUAUUGUUCGGAUUAAUCAAGAUCAACUUCAGACUGUGCUUCCUCAUAUCAGUGGUCUAGUUAGGAUUGUUAAUGGCUCAUAUUGUGGAUGCAAUGCUAGGCUGCUUGAUGUUGAUACCUUCAAUUUUUGUGCCAAGGUGCAAUUGGAUAAGUGUAUAUACCAAGGUCGGGUGCUUCACAAGGUCGCAUAUGAAGAUAUCUGCAAACUUGCUGUUUGACUCACCUCCAGGCUCCAUAUAUACAUUUCACCAACUUAAUUGAUGCUAUGCUAUUAUACUACCUCCGUUCUUUUUUAGUUGCAACGUUUGACAAAUUGCACUAUUCAUGUUCUCUUAUUUGACCACAUUUAUUGAUUUAUAUGUUAAACAAAAUAUAGUCAUGUGGGGUCUUGUUUGAUUCGUUUCGAUGUAAGCUUUCAUAAUAUCAAAUUUUUAUAAUUUUUACUUACAUACAAUUAGAGAUAAAACGAUUUGAAAUUGUACAUUGGCAAGCGUGAAAGUCAAAACGUUGCAACUAAAUAAAAACAGAGGUAGUAUAUGAUAUGUUUGUUAGUUUUUUUUUUUUUUUCCAAAUUCUGUACACUUUUUCUCCUGUGUAGCUAGCUAUUUUGAUCAUUAAAAAGUUUGUUCUUGAAGUUGACCCGAUAGUAUACUAUUAACUAUACUAUACUAUACUAUGAUGGUUUAUUGGUUUAUAUUAGAGUUUUUUGCGGGGAUGUAUUAGGGUAAUAGAUCAUUUUGUGGGGAUAUUAUACCUCAUUAAUUUCUUUUUUUUUGGCGAGAAAGUUAAAAUUUCGGCCUUUGAAUUGCUUUAAUUAGUCUUUUUAUAGUGCGUGAUAUUCAAAUGCUUCUAUUACAUUCAUUUCCCUCCGACUUAUACACUGUCACUUUGUAGCUCACUCGCAAGUUCCUACUAAUUCAAAGGACGGAAAUUUGACUUUCUUGCUGGAUUUAAUGUUUUUGGUACAUUUUAACAAAACUUAA